AGGUCACUGCAUCAUCAUACAAUGGAUACAAGGCUGUUUGAGGCUGCUCAAACAGGAAACAUUGAUUAUUUGCAGCAGUUGCUGGCAGAAAAUCCAUUUAUCCUCAACAACACACAGUUAUCUGCCGAGAAUCCCUUGAACAUUGCUGCUGCUAUGGGGCACGUUGACUUUGUGAAGGAGAUUAUAAGGUUGAAACCAGUUUUUGCCAGAGAAGUGAAUCAAGAAGGCUUUAGUCCUAUGCAUAUAGCUGCAGAUAAUGGCCAGGUUGAGAUAGUGAAGGAGAUAAUGGAAGUCGACAUCAAACUCUGCCGAUUAGAGGGAAGACAGAAAAUGACUCCUUUUCACCACGCUGCUAUCAGAGGGAGGGCUGAGGUGAUCGGUCUAAUGCUUUCGGGUUGUCCUGAUUGUAUCGAAGAUGAGACUGAACGAAGGGAGACUGCUUUGCACCUUGCAGUCAGGAAUAACAGAUUUGAAGCAAUCAAGAAGUUGGUGGAUUGGAUCAGAGAAAUGAACAAGGAAUACUUGCUGAACAUGAAGGAUGAACAAGGGAAUACAGUUUUUCACCUUGCAAGCUGGAAGAAACAACGUCGGGUGAUAGAAAUAUUUCUUGGAGGUGGAUCUGUAAGUACAGGCUUGUUGGAAGUGAAUGCCAUUAACCAUACUGGCAUCACCGCCCUCGACGUGAUACUACUUUUCCCAAGCGAAGCAGGGGAUAGAGAAAUUGUUGAGAUCCUUCGAAGUGCUGGAGCAAUGAGAGCAAGAGAUACUGUCCCCUCUACUGUUACCAACACCCAAACCUCUACCGACAACCCCUCAACACCAGAGAGAUGCUGGUCAAACCGAGAUAACUUUGUAGAGUACUUCAAGUUUAAGAAGGAUAGGGAUUCACCAAGCGAAGCUCGCGGUGCACUACUAGUUAUAGCUGUUUUGGUUGCAACUGCAACGUUUCAAGUUGGAGUCGGCCCUCCAGGAGGUGUUUGGCAAGAUACAAACAUACCUGACCAAAAAAAUAUUACCAGCAGUAACACUGCACACUUUGCAGGUCAGUCCAUUAUGGCUACCACAAACACAGUUGGUUUUAUGCUGUUUGUGUUUUUCAACUCAGUUGGAUUUUCCAUGUCUCUUUACAUGCUCUAUGUCCUCACAAGUAAAUUCCCCUUGCAAUUUGAGCUUCAAAUAUGUCUGCUUGCUAUGUAUUGUACUUAUGGCACUGCAUUAUCAUGCAUUGUGCCAUCCAACCUCUAUCUAUUUGUUCAGUUAACCACAACAAUAUUGUCAUCAACUAUGUCUGCUUUGGCUCGAUCUGUACGCCCACUUACAAGAAUGCUCAGAAAAUCUUUCAAGGACUUCACUCAUAGAGUUGUCUGAAAGUGGAUGGAUGCAGAGUAGGUGGUGGUGUUCAUAUAUAUCAUCAGAUAAGCUACAGCCUAACCGGGGAACAGGAGCAGCAUGGAGUAUCAAAGAUACCUUCCCAGAUUAGUUAUAGCUGUUAAUCUGUUAACCAACUUGCCAUUAUUCCAUGUAUCAAUCCUUGGAGCAAAUAGCAGAAGAGUCCCGUGCCGAUACCUUUUCACAAGGUAAGAAAUUGUUGGCCAGCUACAUUGGCAGCAUACAAAACCAAUGUAUAGAACCUGUUUGGUGAUUAAAUAUAUGUUUUUUUUUCUUU